AUGAAUGAACUGACGGUUGGUGUCACACGCUCAAGGGUAGUCGCCGGAGGGCACAAUUUGCGGCGAAAAAACGCCGAGAAGCUAAAGCUUUCCAUACAGAAAAAAGGACAAACAGCACUACAAAGACAUAACCAGAAUCGACUACGGCGGCUUAUAGCCCGACAGGGCGAUGUUUUAUCAAGAAAUACGAGAUAUAAUCCAAAGCACAUAAAGUCACUUAACUGGAUUUAUGAAGAUAUGAGAAAGAAACUGCUUCAAGAAUCUUCACGCGAAAGCUCAAUUUAUUUCCAGCAGUUGAAUGAAAAAUUGAAGAAGCAAGAAAAGCAGAUCCGAAGAAUCAGCCGUGAUCGACGCCGUGGGCGCCAGUAUCUUCGACAGUCGAGUAGAGCAAGACGCGAUGCUGAGUUUUCGAUGGGCCCGUCUACGGAGGAGCUACUGGCAGUUGUUAGACAGCAGACCGAGCAAAUUCGAGAGCUACAAAGUCGAAAUCAACAAAUGCAGCAUCGCAUGGCAGUCAUUGAGGAGGACCUGGAAAACUCUCGGGCUGACUUUGGGGCGCUCAAAACUGAUACACGAAAUAUGCUUCUGGAGAGAACAGAAGGAAGCGGAAGCAGCUUCGUUGACUAUGAAACAGUCACUUUUGUUGACCAGUCGUCUAAUGCUCCUAUCGUCGGCAACUCCACAAUGGAGGAGCUGAUCCAGGAACUGGUCUUUCGAAUAGACAGCAUGGAGUAUCGAAUGAAUCAAACGUCAGCGGCUGACAAGCCGGAGAAUUUCACAUCCGAAGAGGCAGGAGGCCAACUCGUUCAUCUCAUUUCUCGCCUAGACGGAAUAGAAGAAAGAGUACAAGAAAAAAAUAACAGACUGAGUCUCCUCGAAGUCAGCUUGGCCGACAGCGACUCCCUGGGAAAGGUAAAUUCGCGGCGCAUCCGCAACUUUGAGGCCAAAAUAUCGCGUCAAUUCAACCAGCUGAAAAAGCUUGAAAACCUUCGCCGAACAGUAGGGGAGCGGUACACGCGCAUUCGAACCGAAUUGAACUCGAUCUGGUCACGUAUUGAGCCCAUGGAUCGAGCAGCACCUGGAAUCGGACUGGACACAACUCCAGUCCCUUCCGCGCAACCAUCAGUCAUGGUCGACUUUGACGAACAAUUACAGAAUAUUUACGACAGCAUCAACUCCACCUCCACCAUUCUUACGCAUCUAGAAGAAUACCAAAACGAUAUUUCGCAGAAGCUCAGCGACAACGAGGACAACCUUCUAAGACUCAACUCUACUGUCACUGAUACUGUGAACUCGCUCGUGGACUUCAGUGGGAUGAUCAUGGGACUUCAAGAUGCUUUGGAGAACUUCAAGACUCACUACAGCCAAUUCAAAGACGAAUCCGAUCUGAAAUUCGUCAAUACUUCCGCACACUUGAAAUCCGUUGACGCAACACAGGCCCUAUCGAUUGAGCUUUUCGACAGAAUGGACGCAGUAAAUGAGGAAUUUCGCGAGCGCGUUAUGUGGCUUCAGGAUUUGCUUGUUCUCUCGCAAAACUUCACCGCCGAAAUCGACUACGACACAUCCAGCUCGGAGCUUUCUGACGCUUUCGACGAUUCCAUCGACGACUACGACACCGUUUGA